GUACCUGACUUCAAGGUAACUCUCAUCUCUGUAAACAAGUUUGCAAAGUCUGGUCUAUCUGCAUACUUCCCAGGGGACUCAAAUACCUGCUCCAUAUACCAGGGAAGGCAACCAGUCAUGACUGGCACUCACUGGCAAAACCUCUACCAUGCAAACAUGACCCCAGUCAUACCAGCUGAGAGUGCACAUGCCACAGUUGACAUAAACUUGCUGCACCAGUGA